AUGGAGCGCAAACGAAGCGCCCCUGUGAAGAGGCAGCGUGUCUCACGGGCAUGCGAUCAAUGUCGUGCGGCCCGGGAGAAAUGCGAUGGCAUUCAGCCCAUGUGUUUUACUUGUGUCUCUUCCAAUCGGGACUGCUCGUAUACUACGAAUCCCAAGAAGCGCGGAAUACAACCCGGAUAUAUCAGAACUUUGGAGCUUGCCCUCGCCUGGGUCUUUACUAACGUGGCCGGGAGCGAGGCUGCUCUGAACACUAUGCUCACUGCAGAUAACAGCCAAGGGUCGUCGCUUCUUGUGGGAAAAGACACAGCAGAUUCUGACAAGUUGCACAAGAAAUGGCGGCGGAGCACAGUGUGCAAGGAAGUUGAAAGGCUUCUCCGGAAUCUGAAGUUCCCAACACCUCUAAAGCACAAGCCGGGGCUACCAACUUAUCGACUCCCCGUAGUCCUAUCCAUCCCCGUAUCCAAUCUUCCCAAUCCGAGGGCGUUCUACCAUCUCCUAGUUAUCCAUUGGGCUCCCUGGCCCAGCGCUGGGAGCAAGAAUCUACGCAAACGUAUCGUCAUAUCGGUGCUGCCAACGAACAUAUGGCGUCUGUUUGACAUAUAUUUUGCCUACACUCACUCCUGGCUUCCUAUCUCUGAAAAGCAUGACCUACUCAAGCUUUCUUACUCCUAUCCCGAAGAUGGAUUUGAAAUAGGCCCAGAAACACUCGGAUCGGGAGAACAUGCGGAGCUUUGGAGUGUGCUCACUUUAGCUUCAAUUCAGGAAAAUUCUACACUAAAUGAGUCGCCGUCACAGGCCGAGUCUCCGACGCGAUCGGUAGAAGACCUUUACAAGAUUGCCAGGAAUCUCAUACCAAACGAAGAUGGAAUAUUCGAGUUGGGGCACGUCAAAGCACUCAUUCUUCUUGCUUUAGUAAAUCUUGGUCAAGACAAGAUCGAGAUCGCGUGGCUACAAAUAGGCCAUGCAAGUCGACUUCUCUUGUGCCUUGAAAAACGACUAAGCUCUCCCAACACCCACACAAGCCUCAACUCCCGACUCAAGCACGUCUUCGCCGGAUGUUUCGUACUUGACACCAUCAUCUCCGCUCAACUGGGUCUUCCGUUCUAUCUCAAAGGCUCAGAUAUGGGGCGACGUGGACCAGUAGACGAGGAAGGUCUGGAUGAAUGGCACCCGUGGGUGGGCUGUGAGGGUUUCGGUGUACAAACGGAACACUUUGCAAACUCAACUCGCAGUCCGGUACACAGUCUGAGUGUUUUCAAUCAGCUUGUCAAGCUCAUUACCAUAUUCAACGCUUCUCGAAAUUCCGAAGAUACUUCACGAGCCGCAUCCCUAGAAGUUGCAUCACAAAUGAAAGACUGGACUGCAGCACUACCUAGGACGUGUUCUUUUGUACGAACCGGUACUGUCUCUGUAACCUCAACACCGCCAAUCUUACUACUUCGCCUUGCCUAUCUUUUUGCAGUCAGUGUCAAUGACUCCUCAUUUUACUUCUCUGAGACCGCCGGUAUGGUAGCAUUACCGCCCUUGGUAAAGAGUUUCUUGGCUAUCAUCAUUAACCACCAAGGCUUCAACACAUUGAAUAUGAAUUUCAAGACCCGCAUUCGUAACUUCAAGGCAGCUUAUAUCAAAGCAUGGUCUCCACCAACAAGCGGCGAUCAUACUCGAAGUACCGUACUCGCAAGAGAGACUAGCAAUCAGCCCAACUGUCAGAUCUCGAUGUCACAAUCUUCAAGCACGGCAAACUUCCAAUUACCGACUCCUGAGUCAAUACACGCACCUUUCCAACCAGCUGUGGCAUCCAGAUCUACACGUGGCCCCGAUAGAUCGAAGCCACAACCAGCGUUGUUCCCAGAUAUCCUGCCAAACAUGAGCCCCCCGAACCCCGUUCACGCGAAGGGGCCUGGCUUCGCGGCUCCUCAGCACCAGCUCGGCAACGUCAACUCGUCCCAUUUUCACCCUGUUUACCAAGAAAUCGCGCUGGAUAAUUACAAUCCUGCCGCCACUAUGGACCUGGACGCAUUUUUUGACGAGAUGGCAUCACUCGACGGUGCGGAGAACCGUGAGAACCAGCCACAAUUCAUGCAGAAUCUCGGAUUCGCGCCUGAUGCGGACCUAACGGAUGUGCUGGCUUCGGAUUAUGGUCAAUUUGAUCCGCUCCUGUCCGCGUUCUUGCACCCAAAUGUGGUGGGGCACUCGUCAAUAGACCAAGCAGGCUCUUAUGAUGGGGGAUGAAAAGACUGUGGAAAUGAGUGUAUUUUAUUCUAUCCGCUUGGAUACAUGAGAGUUGACCAGGCCCGCAGUGGCCCACAAGACGUGAGGAACUUACUACGAACAAGGACGAGUCUACGAUGGAGCCGCGGCUAGGGUCUAUCCGAGUAUCUCUUUCACAGCUUCCUAGUUCUGAGAACUAUUGUCGCCUAAAAUGCGACCCAAAAGCGCAAAAGUGGCUCUCUAGCACAUGCACUUUCUAGGUCGAUUGACGGAGCCACGAAUUAAGAUGGAGGAAUCGUCAACUAGACUAACGUAUAUAUGUCAAUACGCUUAAGUAAAUUCGACUAUGAAUCUUGAACGCAUCCACG